AUGAGUUCACAAAAUUGGGGACUCUCCGUCGCCAGUUUUUCCGGCUACGAUGAGGCGCUGGAUAUAUUUCUCGAAAAAACCUCGCGUUUGGCAAAAUUUCUCACCGAAAAAGCCCAACUUCAAAUCGAAUAUUCUGAGAAGAUGAAAGCACUAACGAUCAAACAUCAAACAAAAUUUAUGGCGAUCGGAAAUCGCAAUGGUCAAAAAGGCGCGGCUGUGGAAAGUUCGACGAACAAAGUAUUUAUCAACGUUCUGGGCCACACCCAAAAAUGGUGCCACGACAACGACAAAAUGGCUCGAAUCAUGCUCCAAGCUGUGAACCAAGAUCUUAGCCCGACGGAAAAGAAAUCAAGGGAAAGAAGAUCGAAGCUGCUCCAGGAAGAUCAAAAGAUUCGAUCAACGACGGAUGAGCUCAAGAAACGAGUUGUCAAUGCGAAGUCGAAGUCGGCAACGAGGCAAAAGGAGUCUGAGCAAGCUAGACUGAAAUAUCUAAAAUGCAAAGAAAGGCCCGACAAAAACAACCUGAAAGAAGAAGACAAUCUUCGAGUCAUUGCUUCAGACAAAGAAGCUCUCGCCGAGCGCGCACGGGACGAACUGAGCCGAGUCACCAAGGAAUUUCAAAAAUUCCAAAUUCAAGCGACGAAAGACACUCUUCCCGUCUUGUGCUCCAGUCAGCAGGACAUUUAUCAGAACAUGACGCAGUGCUGGAAAGUCUCCUUGAAAGAAAUUGCGAGAAAACUGCGUGACACAAAUGACACCUCAAAGCAAAGCAUCACCUCCUUGAACAAAGAAAUCGACUCGAUCGACCGGCACUGGGACUCAGACCUGGUCUUCAGCCAAAAACAGCGCCCCGCUCCUGUGAUCCCCACAACAUCUGGCUUUCAAGAGGAAGUCACAACGCCAAAGCUUUCUCAGCGAACAAUCGAAAUGCAAAACGCUGAAAUUAUGGCAUCUCUCCAGAACACGAAAAUCGAAGCAAGCUCUGGAGAGCGUCGCGAAUCCUCGAGUCAUUUUCUCAUUCCAGCGUCUUCUGAUCGCAGCAGAAAACAAUCCGAGUCCAGGGAAAAACGGAAAAAAGACAGAAGGACGACGCGAGUAAAAGCAGUAGAUGUUGACCCCGCGCUCAGGUCCAUAAUCGAUUCAAAAGCAAAACGACCUGGAAGAAGGACGGAAGAUUUUUCAUCCAAAGAGUCAUCCCCUUCUGCGUCGACGGUGCCAAUAACCCUGCCUCUUUCAGCUGAACUGAUGGGCACACGAGGACGACCGGAGGGCCUCAGUGCUGCUGAAGAUGAACGAACAGAAUGGGAUGAAAUGUCGAUUGCAGAAACACUUGGCCGGGCGACAGUCCUUUAUGAUUUCACCGGCGAAAGAUCUCACGACACUAUUUCUGUUCGAGCUGGAGAGAUCAUUGAUGUGAGCAUGCGGGACGUCGAUGGCUGGAGCAAAAUUAAGAAAGUUGAGAGCGGCGAAGAGGGAUACAUUCCGACGACGUAUUUCAAACUUGUUGAUGGAUAUUGCUAA